AUGAAAGCCACCCUCGCAAUCACCCUCCUCGCUGCCCUCACCGGCCAGGCCUACUCAGACACCCUCCGUCUCGGCGUUCGCAAUACCAACUACCGUGCUGCCCCAGAUGCAUCCAGUGACACCGAAACUUCAUCCAUCGUCUUCUACGGCCCCAGAGAGAUCUCCGCCGAGCAAGAAGAAUGGCAAUUUCAGCUUCCCGAGGAGAACUCUGACACCGAAGUCCUAAUCCAGCACGUCCAGACAGAAAAAUACAUUCAAUGCAGCCUGGGAGAGACCGGAUGCGUGCUGGCCGAGAACGGAACUUCCUUUACAGCGUAUAAGCCUGAUUUCGAGAAUGAGGCGUUCAUGGUCGGGGUGGACUUUGGGGAGGGGCAGGAAGACUGGGUGCUUGAGGCGGGUGAUGUUUUGCAUCUGGCAGAGCCGGCGGAGGAGGUCGGUGCGCAGUGGUUUACGUUUAAUGUGGAGGAUGGCGAUGACGAUGAGGAGGAGUAG